AUGCCGAGGAGCGUUUCUGUAAGAGCACCAGCUAGAACUGACUUCGGCCGCGAGGUCGCCAGGAGCUGCAGCCGACGCCUACUAAGGACCCUCAUCAACGAAUGUCACAUUCGUCUGCGCAAAUACAGCAGGAACAUCGAAAGGGAGAAAGCGGCAUGUGCAGCAUACCUGGACGAACAAACGAUGCGAAACCUGCAGAGCUGGAUCUUGAUUAAGGUGAGCGAGGAGCGAGACAAGAAGAAGACCCAACUCCUCAACAAAACACGUAACCUAGAACAAGCACAAGCACCCGUGCGCGAACCGUUAGCCGUCCACAACCUGUCAUCUAAACAGCUAACAGACGACCAAAUUAAAGUGCUUCAACAUGAAUCCGGCUACAACACAGGAGACGCACAGCCAGUAGAUUUUAUCGCUGCACUAGAAGUGGCCUUCUCAAAAACUGAUGCCGCAGAAGACUCCAAGAAAGCGAUUCGCCAACGAGUCGCAUCCCUCAUCAUAUCCCAUAGGCCACGCCGAACCAUCACCUCGGCAGAGCUCAAGACCAUAUGGGAAUUAAAGAAUGACGACGAAAUUGUCAUUGUUCCAGCGGACAAAGGACGAGCAGCCGUAGUGCUAGACAAGUCGGAGUACGUUGCCAAAGCGCAUCAGCUACUAAAUGACAACCAAUCGUAUAAAGUCAUCGACGCCGACCCCAUGAAAGCACUGGCAGGUAAGAUCAACAAGAUAAUAGUAGGGGGCGCUCACCGAUCGUUCAUACGGAACUUACUCAUGCCGUUUUGACUUAGGGGCUCUCUCUCGAGCCCAAUCUUCAGCCGCACAGCGGCGCAUGAUAUAUAGGCAAAUGGUAUCCCAUCGGAUCAAAGAAAGACGAAGCAUGUGAAAGUAUGUUUCUCCUUGUGAACUGAUUGGUCAUGGGACGCACAAAAUAGCGAAAUUCGUUGCUUUCAAGGUCCUAACCCACCCAGAGUGCUAGGCGCAUUGCGGGAUCCCGACAACCCAGCUCUAUACGUGUGGUGGCCUCUACAGGCUGGGGUAUGGACGUCAUUAAAGUGACAAUGUUGGUCUUUCAUUUGUGCAUUUUGAAACCCCUUAACUUAACAUUGACCUGAACUGCUGUGAAAACCGGAGUGCUUCGUUCUCAUCUCGCACAGUGACCAAACAAUCACCUUCAUAGAAGAAUCGUUUCGCCUCCUCGAGGACAUCUUUAUCGUAACUUUCCGCACUAUCAGCGAUGGCUCUAUUAAGCACGAAGGUUGCACAACUUGGAGAGGAUGUAGCUCCAAACCAAUGUGCUGUCAUCCGGUUUUCUUUCGGUGGUUGCGAUAAGUCGUCAUUCGUCCACCACAGAAGUCUUAUAACGUCACGGUCUCUCUCAGGCACCCGAACUUGAUGGAAUAUCGAUUCAAUAUAGGCCAUAAUGGCGACUUUCUCCUGUCUAAAUCUCCAAAGUACCCCGACUAGCAAGUUGCUCAUAUCAGGUCCGGAGAGUAGUUGAUCGUUUUGGGAGGUUCCAUACAAUUUAACUGCGCAGUCAAAGAUCACGCGCAUCUUAAUUGGCUUGGCUGGGUGGAAAACGGGAUGCUUGGGAAGGUUGCAUCCUUGACCAGAACCUCUUUAGCAUUUCCAGACUCAAUGUAGUCGGUCAUAGUUUUCGUAUACAUUAACAACAGGUCUUCUGAUUUUACGAGCCGUUUAUCGAGCAGUUGGAGGCGCUGUAAGGAGCAUAGCUUGUUAUUCAGGAGGAUUGACGGGUGAGUUCUCCAAGGUAGGGUUAACAUAUAAUGGGCAUCGCGAAAACAAAGGAUUGGUCCAUAGUCUUCAACGCGAUACGAUCGUUUACAGACAGAUCUUUGUCUUUGGCUGACCCCUCGUCAAUGCAGUCUUGUUGAUAGAACAGCUCCAGAUCCUUCUGGAACUCAACGAAGUCCGAGCGGUAUACCCGUUCCUUCUCUCUGGGAGUACGAUGUACCCGUCCCAUCAUUAUCCCCCCCCCAAGGCCGUUCGAAUGGCGUAUGGUUCGUCUGCUUUACCUAAGCAUUGAUCAUGUACCCAAUGUGCUUCCGGUAUAUCGGAUCUUAACAACAGCCCGAUCCCCAUGUCUUCGCGUGAUUCGAAUUCGAUCGUACUCAAGUGAAGCCACAGUGAGGUUAACUUUUAAUUUGACAUGAUUUGAUUCGCUUGUGGUAGAGAUUUGACAGAGUAAGCUCGUUUGACGUGAAUAGAAGUUUUUGUGCCUUUAGAUUCUACGUCGUUCUCUACUUCCAUGGUCUGGAAUACAGUUUCUUUAUUCAACGUUGAUAUGACGAUAUCAUUGCCUUUGUCAUUCAUUCCAAGAGCAGACACGAGACUAUCAUGUAUGAGCGUUGAGUCGGAGCCGUUGUUUAGAAGUUCCGAAGUCCGUGCCGUGUGUCAUUCGUACUGGAUGGUCACUGAAACAACUACGAGGGCUACCCUUGGAAACUCUUCUUCGUGUACGACUACGUGAUGACUGAAAACAUUCGGCGGGCUAUUGAGUUCUUCAUUGUCGGGAUGUAGUAAUGUAUGAUGUUCUCUUCCACAGCCCUCGACUGUACACCCACGAGGCGAUCUGCAGCUCUUGGCGAUAUGAUUCGCUUUCAGGCAACGGCAGCACAGUUGGCGCUCUUGUACAAUCCUUUUCCUUUUCGUCCUGUCAUAGGACAUUUAUCGGGAUGAUGAUCUCCUCCACAGUCCGUGUAACAGAACAAGAAAUGGGUUCCAUUGCGCUUUAUUCCCGUGCUGUUUAAAACAAGCACAAUCCUUUGAAGAUUGUUUGACAAUCUCUGUGUUCUGCUGGGCUGCUGACCUUCAUGAUCUCUCAAACUAAGCGCUAAUUCUCCGAACCGACUACAGGCAACAUUAAUGCGUUCUUCUAUCAAGUUCGUAAGAUCUUCGAAUUUCGGUUCUUCGCCCUGAUGUAUUGCAUUUGCAGCGGCUUCAGCUCAUUUGAGUCUUAAUUGGGAAUGUAGUCUUCUCACGGUCGACUCCAGAGUUCUGCUGGAACUGAGAUCGAUGCAUAGUUUACUUAGUUUAUGGUUGCCACGCAAACUUGCAUUUGUUGGCUGAGGUGAACCAACGCUGCGGUGUCGUUGCCUUUUAUUUGAGGUCCAUCGAUUAGGCCUCAAUAAAGGCUCCGGUUACUAUAUAAUUCUGGCCGAAUCAUUUUCUCAAAAUUUCUCUGGCUUCGGCGGCGUCUAAUAUCGCACAAUCUAUAUAUAUAAAAAUGGAAGGUUUUUUUUCUGUGUUAUGUCUAAUCUCCGAAAGUACUGCACCGAUUGCGCUGAAAUUUGGGCACAACCCGACCCGCGCAUAGGGCCGGGUUUUUGGCUGGUCAGUUGUGUAAUUAUGCCGAUGGUAUGCCUGUGAUGGGUAAAAUAUCGCAUUUUUUCCGGCAUAACAACGUCACCUGCUGCGGCCACUUGACCUACAUCGCGCGCGGACACAUGUGCGCCCAGACUGCGGCCACUUGACCGACAUUCGCUCAGACGCAUGUGCUCCGCCCGACAGCCGCGCUCACCCCACCACUCACCCCCUGCAGACACUUGAGCAGGCCCUCCACCCUCUCUGGGCCGGUAGGCAAACCACCCACCCUGCAGCAAAAAAUCACGCAACUCUUGGGCUACACUUGAACUUGCCCCACACUACCCACAUAAUUGGGCUGCCGCCGCUUCCGCUGGGAUUCUCGGGCGCGACGACUGAAUGCGGUUAACAAAACCCCCUUCCCCCCUCCCCACGCACAACCCACAUAAUGGGGCUGUCGCCCAGUGUCAGCCCAUUGUCGUGCAGCCCGGCUUGCGGAAGCCCGCUUGCGGUCACGGCCACCGCGUUCGGCAGCUCCAGGUCUGCUCCGUUUAUAACAGGAUGAAUACAACAGACUGAGAGUGGCUGAAUGGCGCCAGCAAGGAACAGAAGACCAGCAUCAAACACGACUCGGUGAUCAGGGUUCACGCUGCGUGAUGCUGUUGUGAACGACGGUACGAAAACCACCGUUGGGAGAAUUAUGAUUCUAGGGUAAGGUGAUAGCAUAUAUAUCGGCAGUCCGAGACCGAUUUCAACGCGGUAUCUAUUUUCUUUACGGGAUGGUGCCGAUGGGUAUUACUUCAACGUUAAGAUGAUAAACCCAGUCAGUGAUGAGGAAACGCACACGAAAUGCAGCGCAAUGAACCACCACUCCUACCGACUUAUGAUUCGACAGAAUGUAAGUAGUCACCUUUUGAAAUGCCGUCAAUUGCUUCAUCACUACAUUGUUGAUAUGUAUGCAAAAGUCGAAACUGAACGCCUGCUUUUCAUUCGCUUGAUGCAGACCAAGCUGCGUUCUGAAAAAUGUAUUCAUCUGCAUUCAUACAGUUGUAAACGACGGUAAUACGACUAACGAUUUUGUCGUCCACAUACACAGACAGUCCACGCCAUAUGCUCGGGUACGCUGGAGGUGCAAUUGCUUAUGUUUGUCAGUACGGGGCGUCCAAACCUACUCAUUAAAUUCACCUGCAAUCCACCUUAGGGUGGGGUAUUUAUCAGCUCUUACUUUCUGGGCAAUCGUCGGUGAAUGGUUAUGACACCACAGCACGUGUUCUUAGGAAGACACUGAAAUCGCUGAUUAACUGCAUGGUGAAACACGAGGUGGUUGGGUAUGUGCGCUGCCGGAUGUAUUAGGGGGAAUGGCCAAAGUGUGAACUGCCCCACGAACACGUCUGGAUCUGACUGUAUAACAAGAUCACCUCCAACGAAAUCGCCGAUGCAAUAUGCGCUGAAUUACCUGACGCCGACGUCGACACUAAUUUGCCCGAAGUCAGGGCGACGAAUAUGAUAAAUGGACUUUACGGUGCCCUGAGUCCCAAUUCUCCCUCCCCCCACCCCUCACCCCCCAGUAUGAUAGAUGAAAAACGCUCUAAGAAAUAUACUCGGGCAUUCGUAUGCACCACAGUUACCGGUAACGAGAGAAGUUCCUUAUACCGAAAACGAUCAGCUGAAGACUUCGGCAACUUGGCACCGUACGAAUGCGAAUCGGUGACUUCAAAGCCACCGAGGUAUUCUCACAGUAAUUGCUGGCAAUCAGGAAUGCAACUGUGCACGCCGAUCCGACUACAAGAAUGAUUUCCCUACGUCUUAGCCUAGGAAAUUUCGUGUCCUCAAAAGAGGAAUUGGUUGAGACGGUGUCUACCUCUGUUCAGACCGCUUUCAACAAUCCCGGCUAAUUGAGCGAACGAGCGCUUCUUGCGGCCAAAAACAAACACGUGUACCAUCUUAGCCACAUUAUUCAGUGCAAGAUUCAAAGCGAGGCAGUCACAUAUACGUUAGUCGACACUGUUGCGGAAGCAGACGAGGCAGGUUAGUUAUCCAACAGAGAUUGUGAAUUCACCUGAGCCACAGCAACGCGUGGCGGGGUCCAGCUAGUGUUGUAUAGCCUCCUUCAUUUUCACCUCACAGUACUGUAUUAGUUAAGUGAAGCAUGUGAUGCUGUCACUAGUUUUUCUUUUAAGUACAGAAUGGAACUCUUUCACGAAAGCACAAUAAAAGUUAGGGUUCCCGUUGAACUUCUGAAUUUCAAUUUUAGGAGCUCUAGAUGAUAGUCAGUGAUGCGAACUGGAGGUUCGACAUUAUCAUCCAAACUACCAUCUCUCUGUUGAGCAAUCGCACCAACCUCGUUAUCUUUAUUCAAUUCUUGACCUUCCAUUUUCAUAAACUGUAACUUUUCCAACUUACUGCGUCUUUAGAUUUCUAGUAGACGCAUUUUACUGAACUCUAUUUCAAGUCGCUGCCGUUCUUAAUCUCUUUGAUCUUAGGUGAUUGGUGAAGCAGGUCGUGAGUGCAGCGACAGAUCCGGAGGGCUGAUAUCUGCGAUUUGCUCGGACACGACUCGCAUAACUUUGUAAGUAUUCUUUAGAUUUUCUCGAUUUAGUGCUGGUUUAUUCCCCGGAAUAGACGCACUCGACGUCAAAGCUAUGUCAGAAGACUCGCGAGAUAUCUCGGUUCUUCUUUGUGGUUCCAUAGCAAUAAACGGUAAGAUUAGCGUAGCACGAUAAGGUUAAUAAGGUGGGAAAACAAUUGAAAAGUGGACCUUCAUUCAAGGUGAUUAGACGAGCAGUCGGCGAAUGGCGCCAACUUGGGGUGGUCGGUUUAAAAGUGAGCGGCGACAAAGAGCAAUAGACAAAGGACAAAGAACAAUGAACGAAGAAUGUCGACGAAUAGGGGUACAGAAACAAAGGCAGGGUUAUAUGAGUAAAGUCUGCUUACUAACAAACGUUUAGUAGCAAAAAAGGACAAGGAUAGAAAUUGAUACCAGGGAUGUCACAUGUCUUCAAUGAAAUGAUUCUCUGCGUCUUAAAGCAAUUCAAAAAACUAAAAUAAUAACACCAUAAGCAUGACAUACUUCUCACUCAACUUUCGAUCUCGAAAUUCCAUGGGCUGGGACACAUACAGUGAGUAACCGAUCUCAUUAAAUGCUGGCUUAAAUUCUGAAAUGCGUUCUUGAUUGGGAAGGAUUAAUUUAGUCGAAAAUAUAAAGAAGACCUGAUUCUCUAUUAAUUGACUAAAAGAAAGCAUAUUUUGGCUAUGGCUUCUAUAAGAUAUGUUUGAAUUAGCAAGACCAUCGAAAAUCAAUGGGAAAAACGCAUGCUAUUUAAGUAGUCAUUUUUUUACCGAGUACGGUUUCUACAGGAGAUUGAAAAGCAGUGUAUUCAAAAGCUGACAUCCUGCCGAGUCCGAACUGUUAUAAGAUUAUGCCGCAAGAUAAUCAGUAUUACAACCGCAACCAAGUAAUGCUUCCCAAUCGAAAAGGCAUUUCAGAAUUUCAGUCAACAUUUCAUAAGAUCGGUCACUCACUAUACUGUGAUAAUAAACGGCUUCUACUGCUACUACGCGUCUCUCUCCACAUAUCUCCAUUCUACCUACUUUCUUCGAUAUCCUCCGUCCCCCCCAUCCUCCCCCUUUCUCUCUCACUCUUCCUCCUUGCCAACCACCAAAGAAACAUAAACGACCAUACCAAGCCCCCUUGUAAUUAGUCUCACUUCACGACUCUUCUUUCCAUUUCUCAUAGCACAAAAGCGCCUCAUUAAACAAAGUUGCCUUCGGAAACCCCACAACGGGGUCAAGCAGACAUAAAAUUGUGCCGAGAUUUCUCGCCUACAGCGGUGUAAUCGACGCAUGUGGCGGUUAAGCGUCUUGCAAUUUAAUUAUGGUGAGACGAAGUGAGAGGCACUUCACCACUCUACAGGAGAAGGCACCUUCAUGUAUCCUUCAGUAAUUGAAUUUGCGAUGCUCUGAUGCAAUACCUCUAGGGCAACAUACGCAGUGCUGAGAAUCACUAAUGAACCCUAAAAUUUUAUUAUUCGUCUCCUAAAUAGAUGAUGUCGUUUUCGGCAGGAAUUUCGCUGCCCCACUGACCUGGCCUCAUGUGCAGCCAAGUCGCAGCCUGCAAUGGCACCCCAGGGUGGAGCAUGUCAUGUGCGCCAAAGCUUGCGUUGCUGCGCAUGUACUUUUUCACUCCCUUGAUGACGCCCAGAUCGAGAUCGAAUGACAGGGGCGCGAUUUGAACAGGUAUGCCGUAGGCUCAAAUCUAGGCUCUCAUUCGCACAAAGCCAUCUUUAUUCGAGAAUAGAGAUUAAGAGCUUUGUGGCGUGAUCGUUUGAAUGGCGAAACAUGCGAAGACAUCCACAAAAGUCACUGAUAAAAGGCCGAACAGGCUACAAUAUUGUUUUGCCAACGAAAGUGCUAGUGUGUCUGAAGACUGUUUGUGCAGAUAAUGCGUGUGAAAGUGAAAUCCUGGUUUUAUUCUUAGAAUAAGCCUCUUCAUCAUCAUCAGCAUCAUUACUACUGCUUCUGGUAAUACGAGCACUAAUACUAUCACUAUUACUACUACUACUACUACUACUACUACUACUACUACUACUACUACUACUACUACUACUGUUAUUUGCAAAUCGUUUAAAACGGGCUAACUAUGAGGAUGGAUAAGGCAAUAAUGCAAAUUAAUAGCACUUUCAAAAUUUCAGCACUUUGUUGAUCGUCCGUUUGCAUGGAACGCAGCAGAAUGUCUUUCAGGCACAGAGCUGGCCAGGUUGUCUAUAGGGGAUUGUUCAUUUUGAUUAUCUAGCACAAAAUCAAUCUUUUAUUGCAUAAGGAGUUUCUUAUUUGCAUUGUGGAGAUUUCUUUGGUAACUUUGCAGAGAUUUUCAAUAGUGUUUUGCCCCGGACACUUGGCAAGGAUAACAAUCUACCAAUAUUCCUCAUCCUCUAGCGACCUAUGCUUUUAGGGCCGUAGUUAAUCUCAAGACGAAAGCUAACUUGUGUGGAUUACAGGAAAUAUAUGGCGAAACGGUAAGAUGUUGUGAACUUCUGAAGGCAGUACGCGCGAUAUAGCAUGUUUCUAUUUUAUCUGGUCUUUUCAACAACGUUGAGAGGGUCUUAUUGCUAAUUAGCCAGAUCUGGGUGAAUACACCUCUGUCCGCCAGGGAUAUACGCCUUUACUAUUCGUCUGCAUGAACAGGUGAUCUUCACCAACUGACGUCAGUAGUGCACACAGAAGGGAAACCUCACGACAAAAUGCCAGCGAGUCUGCAGACUGUCUGUACAAACCGAACCGAAACCUACUGCCUACUCCCGCCCACACGAUUUCCUCGUUGCUGGCAGGGCACACGUCAGUCUAGUUGGUAUUUCACAUUAGGCAGUGACACCUUCUAGCCAGCUAUGGCUUGACCAAUGGAGAAGUCGCCUUUACCUUUUUCAAAUUAACUCACCCCUUUUUGUGCCGACUACCAAGUAAUGGAAUCCGCUCUGAGCUGCCCUCGGCCAAUCAGAUCCUGUAGGUCGUCAGUGCGCGCGCGCGUACGUAGAAUGACAGGGCAGAAAUAAAAGGCAGCACUCACCGACCUGAAGGCAUUCCGUUGAUCUUGCUCUGGUUACUACACGAAAUGGCGCUCUCACGAGCAGAAGUAUUCGAAGAUGAAUUUCCCCUGAUCCGAAGCUGUCCAGCCUUGAAUGAAAUCCGCCUUGCGGAGGAAAUUAAGGAUUUGAGAGUAGAGGUAGCACCCUUUACCGCGAAUAUUCAUGUGUGCGUGCGUGUUAGGUAAAGGACAGGGCAGAGGUUCAUGCCAAUCGUAUUAUAUUGGCGGCUCGCAUUCCGUCUUUGCGAGCCACUCUCAGUGGCCCUCUCGGAGAGAAGAAUUCCGUUCUACGAUGGCCGACAAUGCCCCUGAGGUAAAAUUGUUGUCGAUUCGGUGAUUUUGCUUACUGCUUCUGCACUUUCUAGCCUCGCAACUACGUUCAUGCAGUAUGUCUACACGGGCCGAGUGGAGAUUAGAGAAGACAAUGCGAAGGGCCUGGUGACGCUUGCUAGAAUGCUGGAGUUGCCUCACCUGGUGGACUGGGGAGUGGCAUUCAUGGCCAGGGGGUACGCGCAUUUCCUGUCUAACUGUCUGUUCUGAAGGCUCACUCUAGAAAACCUGUCCAACACCUUGGACUUUGCGAGGUCGCUGAAUGUUGAAGCCCUGACGGAGGGGUGCAUCGGACUAAUGAAGGGGCACUUUGAUGACUUUGUGCCAACCGACCUCUUUGUUCGCCUACCUGCCCGAACUCUGCUCACUUUGCUUCAAAGUGAAGAUCUGUCUGUGGCGUCUGAAGAGCACGUUAUUGCGGCCAUUGCACGGUGGGUGGAUGCAGGUGCUGGCGUGGCGGGUGAUGACGAGAGGCUAAAGGCGCACGCUCCGACGAUGUUGAAGGAGGUGCAGUGGCAGCAGACAACCGUGGAAUGUCGCGAUCGUCUACUUAAAAAUUAUCCAACAUUCAGUAGGAGUCCCGAUUGUCUGUAAGUACACGGCAUUACAGUCCUGUUACUUUCUUCUUUAACAGUUGUCUAAUGUUUCAGGCCUUGAAUUGGAUUGGCGCGGCAGACAAGGAGAAGCGGCCCUGUCCCUUCAACAUUAGGCCUCGUGUUCGACAGACAUUCUUUGGAGCAGACAAAGAUCAGACGAUUUUCCUUUUUGGGGUGGACAGGCAGAACGAUGAUGAUUAUGGUGAUGAGGAGAAGGAGGAGGAGGCCAGGUGGUCUGUCCUGCGUUGGAAUCCGCAUCUGCAGCAGGCAGAGCGUGUUGCUGACAUGGAAAAUGGCCGGACGGGCGCCUCCUACAGUGUGGUGGGAGGUGAGUUGCCAGACAGUUGUUUGACUGAAGUCUAAUGCCUCUGGGUGCAGACUCCUAUCUGUCAGCACAUUUUGUCAUCACGGCGUGGAUUUAGCGCUCGUUAAGUUGCCUUUUUGCUUUUAGAGAAUGCACAUCUCUCAAACCCUUUCAGCUGGCUACUUGAUGCAUUACUUUUUUCUACCACGGAAGGGAGCAUUUUCGUUGUUGGAGGACGAUGGCGUGAUGACUCUACGCGGCGUGUUGAUGAAUUUCUGGUGAGAGAAGGGCGCUGGCGCGAGCGGGCGUCCCUCGCCGUUGGACGCUCCUGGGGGCACGCAGCCGCCGUCGUUAAGGUUCCCACCGCUGCCGCUGACGGAGAGGAGACGCUUAUUGGCGUUUUCGGAGGCGCAGGUCUUUCCUCCUGUGAGGUCUAUGACGUCAGGCAGAACAGGUGAGUGUAGGCGCCCCGUCUUGACGCAAUUUUUUUUUCGCCAAAAAGAUUUCUCCCCUAUUCUCCUCACUCGCAUGAUUGCCCGAACAGAUGGCACAAACUGCCCAAUCUGCUGGAGGAGAGGUGGGGGUCAUCUGCUGCCUGUCUGCCCGGUGACAGUCGUGUCUUCGUUUGUGGCGGCGAAAGUAAACGUUACAACUGGUUUUACGAUGAACCGUCCUUCGUGGAUGAACGCUACACCCCGCUUGCCUCUGUGGUCUUCUGCCAUCUGCGAGCAGACUGGCGUCGGCGGCAGAAGACGAUCUCAGCAAACUUUUGGCAGUCGGCUGCCCCCAUGAGAACUGCGCGAAGCCGGCUCGCAGCGACGGCCUUUCGGGGAGCAAUUCUGGUCGCCGGUGGAGAAGAUGACGAAGGCCGAUCCCUCAGCACUGUGGAGAUGUUUACCCCGCCAGACGCCAGCAGCCCCCUCGGCCAGUGGACAGAACUGGCCGACAUGCAGGAGCCUCGUCGCCUGUUCACUUUUCUCACCUUCGCAAACGCCGUUUUUGCUCUCGGCGGCUACGGUACGAAUAUAACGCACUACUUAAUGCAUUAUUUUUGUAACAGAGCAUGUUUUUCUUCUUUUUGUAUUCUAAAUGCGCACUCUGCACCAGCAUUGUGUAUAUGUAUGUGAAAACGCGGGAUAUGCCCACCGCGUAGCGCUUUGAAGCUAAACAGCGAAUAUGCCGACAAAUUCCAUCAUCUGGUCAAACUGGCAUUCGUCGUGCCAGUUUUUUUAAAAUCGUGUGGACCCCACUGAAGCAUUUCGUGUGAUUUAUAAGGUCCCCUCGAGCUGCUUUAAGCUACUGGGCCAACGCCCGUUAGCAACAUCAGAAGCGGCCGCCAUAAGGUUACGAAAACCGACCCUAUGCACCCAAAAGAACCUUGUUCAGGCUACGCGCUUACCGUGGCCAUAGGUUGACUAACUACAUACAACGUUCUGCGCCCUUCCGCUCUUGCCUAGCCUGUAUUUAAAAAAACUAACUUUUAUCGAUUUUUGUUUCACUGACUGUACCCUGCCCUGUAUAACAGUAUUAGCCUAGUGAGAAUUUACCGAAAGGAACGUUCGCUCGGCACUGUCUCUUCUGAACAUAGUUAUGGUGAUUUUCACAACUUUAAAACCAGUUUUUUUCUCUUGGAAAUGACGCGCUGAUCUGAUUUAUGCGAUGGCAUUAUUAUAGUGUCAUGGUAAUUUGGCUUUUUAUGGAGUUAUUUUGCGUAGCAUACGGUUUUGAAUGCAUGAAAUUCAUCUUAUCCCACCACAGUAUGUUUUUAAGUCUCGGCCCAGCUAAUAGAUGACUUCACCCCAAGCUCGUAAAAGAGGUUGCCUUUACAUGAAUUUUAAGAAAGAAGCCGUAGGAUAUCAAACAGCUUACACAGCGCUAACAAAAACUGUAUGCACAAUAUUCCAUUUUACUUAUUCAGGUUCCUUAGGUUUUUUAUGUGUGGAGGACUGAAGACGGGGAAGUUAUUUUACCUGAUUACAGUUAAAUGCUUUCUUUCUUUCUUUAAUGCCACGCAUUGGCUCAGCAUUCGACACCCACUGCAAACGUUAAUCUGGCGUGUUUCUUCUCUUAAUGGCCACUCUGCAGGACUUCUGUGAAUACUGCCUAUCCCUCAUGGUUUCCUUCUUUCUCUGCCUUCGAUAAAAUAUUUUCUUAAAAAGCCUUUCGGCAACAAUACGGUAGAGGCCUUCGCAGCCCCUUCGCCUACCCCUCUUGACACUUUAUUUUUUCGUGACCGAGCUUCAUUUAAAUAUUUUUAACAGGUGACGACAACAACCGUGGCAACACGCUAGAGGCCUUCACGGCACCAGAUGGUUCAGCCUACCCCGACAAUGACCUGACCGCUUGGGUCUGGUCGUCCAAGAGCCCAGUGGAAAUACUUAGCAGGAUUGACGGUGCAGCAAGCAUUCGCAUGUAAACGUCAGCCAAUUUCCUAAUGUUAAAAGAAAUAAACGACUUGCAAGUAAAUCUGAGUUGCAGUUCUUACUUUAAAAGAUGUGCGGUGCCCACAGGAGGGUCGGCCAUUUAAGGACUAGAUUUGCUUUCCCGGUGAAUGAAAUGGCUUCUUAUCACACCGUGGACUGCGUGGGGUAGAUACUAUUUGACAGGUAGAUAUUCAUCCGUCGAUGCAAUAAGCAGCUUUGGUGAAGUUACAAAUCCAACGGUAUGGGCUUUGGUACGAACGACAAAUAGGGUAUGGAUUGCGAACAUCAAUUUGUAGGAAAUAUUCGUCCUUUCAGAAUUAGAAGCAUGUAGGGAAGCCGAUUUUCUUGGACAUAUAGACCUUCAUUAAGUGGUUUCAAGUAUGAGAAUUUUAUUGCUAGUACGCGAACAAUGUUCUUCAAAGGUGUCAGAUAUAUACAGCACCCGAAAACGCAGACAACAGCAGAUUGUGGCUCAGGAAAUAGAUGAGUACGUAGUUUAUAUUUACUAAGUGACCGCAUUGCCAGCAAAACUUCGUCAAUCCCUAAUCAUGCUCGAACUCACCCGAAUUGCCUAGCCAAGCUCGAAAGUAAACGAAGUUCAGAUCUGCAGAAAAAGGAGCGAACGUGAUUUAGUUGCUGGUGACUUACACUUUUUAAGGAACUCGUCACAGGUGUUAAAGAUUUGACAUCUCACCAGAAAAUGUCCCCGUAGGUGUAAGUGGGCAAGGGAGGACUUGAAGCUUCCCACUUUCACAAUCGUCAACAAAACCGUCUGCGCUCAUAGUUUUUGGUACGCAUGUCACGCGUGACUCCGCCUUCGGCUUGCGACACCGAGAUGUCUAUCGAUUUUUCUCUUUUUACCGAAUAGCCGCAGAUGGACGAAUUUGGGGAAAAUGAGAUUCGACAGAUACUUGCGCAUUCAGAAUGCUAGCUGUAACUGCCUGUGAUGCUGCCUGCACAUUCUGGAUUCCAGAAGAUAACUUCCCGUACUUCGGCAGUACCCUCUCUCGCAGCACUGAAAUGGAUGACGAAAUCACCCGCAGGAUUUUGAAAGCCAGCCAAGCCUUCGGUCGCCAUCAAAACACAGUGUGGUCUGCAGCUGGAGGAGGACAGUGGAGACAGGCGCCGUGAUCUAUGAAGCGAAAACUAUCGCCGCCGCCCAAGCUAAACGUGAAGCAUUCACGUCCCAGCUACGCCCACCACACAAUGACAACGCGCAACCGCCUCCAACGUGUCAUCGAUAUCAACUGAUAUUCAGGACGCCACCGGAUCAACUGCGCCAAUCGGACCGCAUCAACCAGCGUCCCUCCGCCCAAUUCCUCUUCGUCCUCCACCCACCCAACUAACUGUGACCGCUUUUCUGGAUCGCCAUUUCCAUCAUCAUCCUUCUCCUCCUCCUCCUUUUCCUUGUGCUCCUCCUUCUUAUCCCCCUCCUACUCCUACUCCGCUGUCCCAACAUCGGCCGCUCUGGCGGCUGACACAAACAUCUACGCUACACACGAACCUGACACAACAACACACACCACCACUACAAUUUGCGACACCAGCGGUGAAGAUCUGGACUACGCCUGCCCUAAAUGGGGCCGCAAAUUCACCUCUCACAUAGUUCUGGGCAGUUAUUUGUGA